GAUCGAAGCCCUUUCCUCGCUACGGAUAUAAACCAUCACCACCAAAUGGUUGUGGAUCCCCUCUAUUUGGAGUUCAGUUUGACAUCGGUAUCCCUUCGAUGACAAAGUGCUGCAAUCAGCAUGACAGAUGCUAUGAUACUUGUGGCAAUAAAAAAAAUGAUUGUGAUGAACAGUUUCAGUCCUGCCUCUCCAAAAUUUGCAGAGAUGUGCAGAAAACGCUUGGAAUCUCAGAAAGUGUACAGGCUUGUGAAUCAACUGUUCAGCUGUUGUUUGAUGCAGUUAUACUUCUGGGAUGCAAACCAUACCUGGAUAGCCAGAGAGCUGUGUGUAUGUGUCGUUAUGAGGAUAAGACAGAUCUCUGA